AUGUCGCUCCCCCCGAAGCGUCGUCGCGUCAUUCUUCCUGCCCCGGGCGCUCAAUCCCCGGGUUCGCUUCCACCUACGGCCGCAACUGUAGUAGGCCAGCAGGCCUCAACCUCGGGCCGCGACUCGGCCGGACGAGGGAGCAGCGACGGCUCCAUCAACUACCCAAGCACAAGUACAGAGAGCAGAAGCCAGAGUGACGACUCAUCCUCGGCCGACCCGAAGCCGCGUGCUGCCUCCAAGCGGCAGGUCAUUGCCGUUGCUUGCGAUAACUGUCGACGGAGAAAGGCCAAGCACUGCUCCAAGAGAGGCGUCGACUGCCAUUAUGAAGCGAACCAGGGCGAAACCGUGAGCCUCGCGCUCAAGCGCAAGGCCAGCGUCCUGGAGACCGAGAACGCCCAGUACAGAGACCUGUUCCGCAUGGUCUGCACCAAGUCCGAGGAUGAGGCAAAGGAAAUCUUCAGACGCAUAAGGGCCUCUGGCGACCCCAUCAGGGUCUUGGAAUCCAUCCGUCAGGCAGAAAUCUUGCUCCCCACCCCGGCGACAAACGACAGGACACGCGACAUGAGGCUGGCCAAGAUCGACGAGAGAGCUCUCCAAAGCAGCCUGAUCAGAGUCCCCGCGAAACCUUGGACCACCGUCGCCGACGACGGUCUCGUGUCGGAGCUCGUCACCAGCUUUUUCAACUGGGAAAAUGCCAGCUGUUUUCCAGCUAUCGAGCCGACCCUGUUCAUAGACGACAUGCGCACCGGCAGCAUCAAGGAAGCCAAGUGGUGCUCGCCCAUCCUGGUCAACGCUAUCUGCGCAGUCCGAGCCCCAUUCCUCGAAAGCGCCAAACAGUACAGCGCCAUCACGGGCCGAGACCUGUCCAAGACAUUUCGCGACGAGGUCAUGCAACUGGUUGAGAAGAGCCAUGGACGAGCCACAUUACCCACCAUUCUCGCCCUCGUCCUUGUCGAUUGGUCGGCGAGUAUCGCCGGAGACGAGAGCAGCGCCAAGAUGUACCGCUUCAUGGCUUGGGAGCGGUACAAGCGCUUCAAACCUGACCGGAGGUUCGCUAUGCUCAACAAGGACGACCCCGUCGAUGCCAGAGAGAUGCUCAGCAUCUCAAAAGCCGUAUGGUCAAUCUUUCUAAUGGAGAGCCGCAUUUCGUACUUCUACAACUCAGUUGCCGACAUCCCGCCUCCAACGAUACCAAAAUUAUUCGAUAACUACGGCAAAGAUGCAACCGAGCCAAGGGGCAACGUCGACGUCCUAGGGCGGCCAUAUAUGGAAUCAACAACCCAACUGCCAAUCGUCCCAGGGAUAGCAACAGUUAUCACAAGCCUCGCAUGCUUACAAUACGACGUCAUGCAGUACCUGACUUCCGGGAGCACCAUAAAGGGCAGCAUAGAAGACAUCAGACGGAGGAAGCACUGGUACUGUAGGUUGCGCGAGUUUAGGAAAGCGUUGCCCGACCGUUUCCAGAUGGAAUACAACUUCACUCCCGGCACAUGCUUCCUCAGGAUGCAUGAAAACGAAAUCGCAUACGUUCUGCUACAACCCCUCCACCCAUCAACAAAGUUUGACGGCCCUUUUACGGGGCCAUCCGCCACCGUGAAAUCCCUAAUCCUGCAACACUGCGUAUCCGACACCACCCUUGCAGAAGCGUUCCUACUACGAUACACCAUCCACUCCUUCAUCACCCGUCAAGUCUUUGUGACGAUGCAGAACUUGAUGCCGUUUCUGAACGAUGACCACGCCGCGACAAGCGACCUAUUCACGCGUCUUUGCAGGGUCGGCGGCCUCUCGGCCCGCGUCGUCCGCAUGUCCAUGUACCUCUUGCAAGCGCUCCAGGCCAUGGCGUGGGCGAUGAAGCAGGAUAUCCCCGCCUCGGCAAAGCAGUUUCUUGACCCGUGGGUCAAACUGGCGAUACAGGAGACCGAAACGAAGCCCCCGAGUUACGCUGUGCCGGAUAGGGAGGAGAUCAAAGCCCUGUUGGCGGAGGACGACCAGAGUUCUGGAGGAUCCGGAGAUGGCGGCGCCGAGCUAUGGGCCCUGGUCGAGAAGUGGGCCGUCAAUAGUGGCAGACAGUCUUGA